AUCGCACAGAACUUCGAUUUCUGUGUUUCUGAGUUCGUGUACAGGAGCGUAGUGUCGGCGUCUCGAAUUCUACGCACUUCUCACUUGGUAGACACGUGUUCCGUGCAGUCUGUCCUCGGGUUGGAAAGAGUGAUUCUGCGAGUUCCGCCACUGCCGUGUCCAGCUGCAUAGAGUUAUGCAAAUAUCUCCGAACCCAAUCAUGUGGAAGCCCACCGGCGUUUCAGCACAGUGUCUGGGGACCGGAACAAAGGAGUUGCAGCUGCAGCCGAGGCAGGCCUCAUAAAGGCAUUAAGGGUACGAGGCCGACCGGUCGCUGAACGGCAGAAAUUCAGUUCGUUCCGUCCUCACGUGACAAUCACCUCUGCGUGGCUCUGCCAAUCUGAACGGGUACACUUCGCUGCCGGAAACACGACACUGACUUCUCCGUGGAGAACGCGGCGGCGCUACGAGUUCCGAACUCUCUAUGUGGACUCUGGAAACUACCGCACGCGAGAGAAACUGCACUUGCCAGCUUGCGUGGCGCUCUAUAGGCCGGCCCCGUCGCGAUUUCUGGCGGAACCCAAACCCCCAGAGGAGAGCACAUGUGCUCAAGGUGACAGGAGAGAACCGCAUCGCCUGCGCCGGCGUUUCGGAAGCGUAUUCUAGCAGGGAACGAGGUUGUUUUUUUGCGAAGAUUCGGCGGUUGUUGCUGCCAGAAAAUCGCGCGUUCUUUCGUGUCUCAAUUCUGUUUGGUGUUCUUUUCCUGAAUCGCGUUUACCCUUUCACGCUGUUCGUGGCUGCUUUUGAUCCGCACUCUCGUCUCUCUCGCGUCGGCACCUGCCGCACCGUUCCGUUUUUUCACCGGAGUGUUUUGGCUGGGCUCUCGCGCUUCUGCAUUUUUCAUUUGCUUUUUUGGCUGCCUCUGUGCUGCGACUCGUUUUUUCGUCUCGUCCCGUCCGCUUUCUUCGACAAAACUCCCGCACUCUGCAGCACCGCCAGCGCACAGGCCACGCGGGAGAGGGCGUGACGCCCGCCUUCCCCCCAGUCUCCCGUCGUUCCGGGUCGCCUGAAAAGGAUGUGAACGUGCGCUUUCCCGCGCGAAUCUCUUCCCUUCCGCCUUCAUCUUGAAUGUGCGUCGGAAAACUCGGUAUUUCGAUCCGUUUGCCAGCUGUCUAAGUUGCGAAGAACGCCUGCGUUUCUGCCGUCUACGUCGCACGGAAACCCCAAAACGCGCGCGCCUGGCAAGAAUCCCCUAUCCGAGUUUGGACGUUUCCCUCGCGACACACACAGGAGCCGUCGCCUCUUUUCGGGCGCAAGCACGUUGUUUCUUUUCCGCUUCGUUUGCUUUCCCCG